AUGGCCACAAGAUAUUAUCACUACAUUGGAGGCUUCAUUGGAGGAGUAGCUCUCAGCAGUUCCAUUAUGUGCUAUAUAGAUGAUAUUGUGUACGUUCCUAUCAGACGUACUUUUAUCAAGCCAAUUUACUCUUAUUAUUACGUAAAUUACGGCACAAGUAACUUACCUGAAGAGAAUAAGUCAAAAAUGGGAGUCUCAGAUGUCAUAACCGAGAUCUCCAAUAAAGGGGGAAGCUAUCUUUCUGAGCUCAGGCCUAGAGAUGUCACUGGAGAUAGGAAUACAUUUGUGUUCAAAGAGAAUGACUUCAAAACAAGAGAGCAACACUACUUUGAUUACAUUGCUCAGAGAAGAAUGGAGCAGGGAGAUAGUUUUGAGAAGCCAGAUUCUACCCAGCAGCAUGAUAAAUACUCAAAUGAGGAUUACAAAUCCUUGGCCUUUAUAACUCCUCAAGAUUUGAUGGACAAGUACGUGACUAAUAGCCAGGAUACUGCUCAAGAAUAUAACGAAGUUUUCAACUCAUUUGAUAUGAUUAAAAUUGUUCAAAAGAAAGAGCGAAAAGAUCCCAACACAGAAGCUCUCAAGGAAAGACUUGAAAAAAUCAGAAAGAAAAAUGAGUUCGGAAGUGAACUUCUAGAGCAAAGUGAGAAAUACAAAGUUCCUGAUGAAAGAGAGGAGGCAAGAAAGAGUCUAGCAGAAGCAAAGAAGUUGACACAAAUUGCCAUGGCCGAUAGGGAAAACAUUACUUCUGAAGAUGUUGACCAGAUCCUUAGUUCUUACCAAGGAAAGUAUUCAGUAAGAGAAGUCACUUCAAAAGAUAAAUCAAAUUUGAGGAAUUUGAGACAAUUGGCUAAAAGUGAUAAUGUUGCUCUUCCAAAGAAACCUCAGGCUCCAUUACAAAAACUCUAUGAAGCUUCUAUGGAGGCUCAGAAAACAUUUGAUACCCCUGAGAUUGAAGAGAAAGCGUUUUCAGAUUCUAAAGAAGUACCUUUCGAAUCUAAAGAAGAAGUACCAUCUGAAUCUCAAGAAGAAGUACUAUCUGAAUCUCAAGAAGAAGUACUAUCUGAACCUAGAGAGGAGGUGUCAUCUGAACCUAAAGAGGAGCUGUCUUCUGAGCCUAAAAAAGAAACACCUCUUGAGCCUAUUAAAAUUGAGACAGAAAUCAAAUCAGAUUCAGUAAUCCCAAGCGAUGUAGAACAAAAAUAGGAGAUUUCAAUAAA